UGGUUUCAAUCAUCCUCUACAGAAAUGCCCCAAACAAAGGCUGAAAGAACUGCGAACGCUGGAACAGAAAUCCCUCCAUGAGGUUUUGGAAGAGUUAUCCUUUUUUUGUAGUUCGCCCAUGCUACUUUAUAGAUUAACAUUUUUGUUGACUAAACUGGAUAUCUCUCUGAUUCGGCUCUUCUCUUUACUGAACCCUUUCUUUGGAAAGAGGCAUGCUAAAGCUUUUGCUUGGUCAUUGGAAAGCACAUAGAAAAAGGCCUCAACUCUUACCUGAGAAUGGAGAUAUCCAUUUUGAAGACCCAUCUACUGUGAACCCAUUAUACGAAGACAGCGAAGCUUCGGCAGAUUCUUCUCUAAAACAAACUGAGGGUUCUUUGAUUGCUGUUGAAUCUUCUGCUCUAAAGACUGAAACUCCUGAUGGUCAAAAUAACAAAGGCACUUCCGAUGUCACAGCCCUCGUUGAUGUUUCCGUUCCACAGGCUUUAAACGAACCAGCUCCUCAAGAUAGUAAAGAAAGCACAUCUCCGACGCAUGAAAUCACUAGCCCUAUUAGAUUAAAAGAACCCUCAGACAAUUCAAAAAACAGCCCUGAUACUUUUAUCAACCCAGCUGAAUUAAAAAAAUCGCUAGGGAAUUCAAAAAACAGUCCUGAUACUAGCGUUAAUCCUGAUAAGCUAGGAGGAUCAUCAGACAGUUCUAAAGAGGUUAUUGAUACCAGCAGUAAACCGAUUAGUGUAGAAAAAGCGACAAACAGUCCUAAUGAAGUUUUUGAUGGCAAUCAAAACGUCAAAUCAUUUUACCAACCAAAGGCAACGGAAGUUUCUAAGCCAUCUACUUCGCAAAAUUUACCUCAAACUUCGUUUUUACACGAUGGUCAAAUAUCAAACACAUCAAUGAAUGUUAAAAAAGAAGAAAGUUCUCCUAUUAGUGUUUCUACGAAUGAUCAAAAGUCUAAAAAAAGGCAACAAUCUAAGCUUCACGCUGCGUCUGAAAAUGACAGGAAACCUCGUGAUAAAUCAAAUUCUAAAAAAACGAACACUUUAGAAAAUAAUGAGCACAUAGCAUCUCAAAAUAAUACAGUUCAUACCUCAGGAUCUUCAACUAAAGAGAAUCCUUCUUCCUCUAAUAAUACUAAAAAUUCUCCAGGCAAAGAACGGUUUAAGGUUAAAGAGGAUAAGUCUCCUUCACCUCCAGUAACAGAAUCAGUUCCAGAAACGAAGAAGAAACCAAAAUUUAGAGCUCGUGCAAUUGAUGAGUUAAUAAAAAAAUUCCAAGGAUCACCACAUGAUGAUGAAAUUUCUACUAAAACUGAGAUUUCGUCUCCUAAGAAAGGUUUUUCUGUCACUAAAACUGAGGAAUCAAAGACUACUCCCAUAAAAGAUUCCAAUGAAGAAAAUCUAGAAAAAGAGUCAUUAUCUAAAAUAUCUUCAAAUUUCCACCACCACCACCCACAGAACCUUCUAUUGAUAAGGAAAAUCAUCAAAGUAAUUUGGUUGAAAAUCAGAGCACCAAUAACUCGAGAUCUGCUGAAAUAGCCAACGCUCCAAAACAAGGUAAUAGUAAA